GCCGAUCGGUUUGGAUCGGGUUGGAGCGGAAGGCGGACGGGCUGAGGUCUGAUCCCAUUAAAUUCACCUCAGUUACUGAUCGGGAUGGAGGCGGACUCAGUCAUCGAGGAUAAAACCAUCGAGCUGAUGCUACCCAGCUGGAAACCGACUCACCAGAACAAAUUUUCCAGCUAAGGACCUUGAACAUUACUGAAAGAACUAGAGAAUACAAGCGCACAGAAAAAAACAGUAGUUUGAUACUGUUACAACGUCUCAGUUGGUCAGCUCAUUAUGGACAUCGCUACCAAAUUGGGCUAAGAAUACAUCGGGUAUGGAGGAUCAGAAUGAGGAUGAGUCCCCAAAGAAGAAUACAGUAUGGCAGGUUGUCCAAGGGUCUAGUCUAGAGCCCUAAGUGGAUCAUUUCAUGGCCCUCACAGAAAGGUGCUCAGUUGCUGCUGAUGCAUGUACUGACGCCACUGUCAAGAUCACAAAUGGGCCACCUUCCAUGAUUGUUCCCAGAAAAAGGCCUUCAGGAAACUACGAGAAAGAGAAGGAUUUGUGUAUUAAAUACUUUGACCAGUGGUCUGAAUCAGAUCAGGUGGAAUUUGUGGAGCACCUAAUCUCCCGAAUGUGCCAUUACCAGCAUGGACAUAUUAACUCCUAUCUGAAACCCAUGUUGCAGAGGGACUUCAUCACUGCUUUACCAGCCCAAGGAUUGGACCAUAUAGCAGAAAACAUCUUGUCGUACCUGGAUGCCAAGUCACUGUGUGCUGCUGAGGUGGUGUGCAAAGAAUGGCAGCGGGUGAUUGGUGAGGGAAUGCUGUGGAAAAAGCUCAUUGAAAGAAUGGUACGCACGGACCCACUGUGGAGGGGACUUGCAGAGAGGAGGGGAUGGGAACAAUACCUGUUCAAAAAUAGGCCUGCUGAUGGCCCACCAAAUUCAUUUUACAGAGGAUUAUACCCAAAGAUCAUCCAGGAUAUAGAGACCAUAGAAUCCAAUUGGAGGUGCGGGCGGCACAACCUUCAGAGAAUCCAGUGUCGGUCAGAAAAUAGCAAAGGUGUUUACUGUCUCCAAUACGAUGAUGAGAAAAUAAUCAGUGGUCUGAGAGACAACUCAAUCAAAAUUUGGGAUAAACAGUCACUGGAAUGUUUGAAGAUACUAACAGGUCACACAGGCUCUGUGCUUUGUCUGCAGUAUGAUGAACGGGUUAUUGUUACUGGGUCUUCAGAUUCCACAGUAAGGGUCUGGGAUGUGAAUACAGCGGAGGUUCUGAACACACUGAUACAUCACAAUGAAGCAGUAUUGCACCUUCGGUUCAGUAAUGGAUUGAUGGUUACAUGCUCAAAGGACAGAUCUAUAGCCGUGUGGGACAUGGCCUCUCCAACUGACAUCACUCUGAGACGGGUCCUAGUUGGCCAUCGGGCAGCAGUCAAUGUGGUGGACUUCGAUGACAAGUACAUUGUAUCAGCAUCGGGUGACCGAACUAUUAAAGUGUGGAGCACAAGCACUUGUGAAUUUGUACGUACUUUGAAUGGCCACAAGCGUGGAAUAGCAUGCCUUCAGUACCGGGACCGACUGGUUGUCAGUGGCUCCUCAGACAACACCAUCAGGUUGUGGGACAUAGAAUGUGGUGCUUGUCUGCGGGUCUUAGAAGGACACGAAGAGUUGGUUCGAUGUAUUCGAUUUGAUAACAAAAGGAUUGUGAGUGGAGCUUAUGAUGGCAAAAUCAAAGUAUGGGACCUGCAAGCUGCUCUUGAUCCUCGUGCCCCAGCAAGUACUUUAUGUCUACGCACUUUGGUGGAACACUCUGGUCGGGUAUUUCGACUGCAGUUCGAUGAAUUUCAGAUUAUCAGUAGUUCCCAUGAUGACACCAUUCUGAUCUGGGAUUUCUUGAACGUGCCGUCGAAUAACCAGAAUGAAACUCGUUCUCCAUCAAGGACGUACACCUAUAUCUCAAGAUAAUGGAAUAUAUGGUCACUACCUGGAGCAGGGGCUGAAAUUACUACUGGAUAUUAGCUAUGCAGAGCCUGAAGAUGACUAUGCUCAAAAACCAUGUUUAGUUGUGGUGGCUUGGUUUCUAUGGAUGUGGACAGAUUGAAACCAGCAAGAUAUCAGUACAGUACUUCAUGCCUUCUUCCCCCAUUCCCCUUUAUCUCUCUCAACCCCGACCCCCCCCCCCCCAACCCCUUCAUUCCUGUGUUUCUUUCCUUGGAGAACUCCAAAUAGAUUUUUACUGCAGAACUUGCAAGACUGAAUGUGUAACAAGCCUAACCAUCUGCCAUACCAUAUAUAUAAAGAAAAGAGCGGUUUCUGGUUCCCAAAGCUAAGUGUUUCAGAAAUGGAUUCUUUGAAAUGGACUCUCUGCCAAACGUGUGAUUGGAGGAAGGACUUGGCCCAUUCAGUAUCGCUUUGCACUUUGCCCUGAGGAAAGGGAUGAAGUCAUUUGUUGGAACAUUCGUUUCUUUGUUUGGGUGCCAUAUUGUUUUAGAACAACAUGCAGAAUUUUUCAAAGCUUGGUAUGUAUUAGGAAGCAGUAUUCUGUCAAAUCUUGUAAAGAUGCCCCACAAUUUGGCUGCAUUUCUCUCAUUUUCAUUUAGAUUACUAAUGGAUGCAUGUUCAGCACAAGGAAACAGUGCAUCGAAUGAAUUCCUAAUGUUGGUGUUUUUUGAAUGGGGGUGGGGUGUUUCUUUUAAUAUAUAUAUUAUAUAUAUAUAAUAUAUAUAUUAUAUAUAAAACUAACAGUAAAUAGAAGUGGUAGCUGCUUAUAUAUGAAAAUUACAUGCAAUUCGAGCUGUGUCGAAUGUAGCUAGUUGUAUAUAAGUGUUGUGUGUUGAUUGUAUAGUAACCAAUUUGAAGCUUCUCAUGGUUUUUUUUCCCCCUUUUCCCUUCAAAGUUCCUGAAACUAACAGAGGGCUAUGUUGCACUAACUGUGAAAAGCAUGUAUUUAUGCGCAGACUGCUGUGCCCCUUACCCCCCUCCCCCUUCAAAACAGGGCCACCAUGUGCUAGAAAGUGAAACCCAUUCUGAUUUUAAUCCCAGAUUAUUAACCUUGUAUCUGUUCUCCUUUCAAGGAUUUCCUUUUUAAAGAAAAGUGUGGAAGUCCUGCUGAAAUUUUAUUUAAAAUUAAAUUUGAUUUAUUAAGAAAAGCUGUUUCUCUUUCCUACUCACUCCCCCCCCACUUCAACUCCAAGCCUCCAAUAUAUAAUUAGGUGCAGUUCUUGGACCAAGUAAUUAUUGAAUAUCUCUGUUUUUGUACAUAUUCUGGAACCCUCCUUGUGUUUUAGCCAGAUGUGUUCAUCUGCUACCUAGCUGCCAGAUAAGCUUCAGACUAAAUAAAAAUGAUUCUCUCCUCCUUCCCACAACCCUUCAAAGAAAGGUUGCAAUUUCUUAGAACACACGUUUUGUAAAAGUUGAAAGCUAUGUUUUAAAACAUCUCGACUAACAUUAUUAUCUUUGCAGAAGCAGUUUCUGUAAGUAUUGCCUCUACAGUUUGUGUAUUGUCACGGCCAAAGCUGAGAUUCUGUACUUUCCUCCUUCUCUCCCCCGAGGAAGAGGUUCAACUGCUUGUGUUUUACACAUUUUGAGAGAAAAGGCGUCUGGUCCCACAAAAGUUGGUGUCUUUGUAUUUGGGUGUAUAUUUUGUAAUGCUUUAAUUUAAAGACCUGUUUUGAAGUCCUGUGCCCAGUAUGUCACUGCAAAGGAAUCUUUUCUCAGUUGGCAGCUGCAGAACCAUGUAGCAGGAAUGCAAGGAACCGAGGAUUAAGGAACUGUUGGACAUUGGCUGUACUCUGCGAGCAUGCUUAGUGCUCACAGCUGUGGACCUUGUUGAGGGACAGUCCGGCUGAUGCUCUGAAAGUGCUGGGAUGCGAUGAUUAUGUCAUGUAAUUAUGAUUGAAACCUCUGAACCCUGCCAUCUUACCAGUUGAAAUAAGUAUAUAUGUCUGGACAGUUCAUUAAGACUGUUAUAAAUGUACAGAAAAUUGUUUCAGUUCAAGCUUUUACUGUGGAAUGUGCUUAAUAAAUUACUUCAGUUUCAGAAAA